AUGAUGAAUUCGACAGUGAAGAAUCGAAGAGUGGAUCGAAUAUCGAUCUUAUUGCAGGAAUUCAACAUCGAAAAAGUUAUCCACAUCAAGGGUCAACACAAUUGCUUAGCCGAUUAUUUGUCUCGACAUCCAAUUACAAGAGAAGAAGAAUUAUUUGAUGAAGAUUAUGGAAUUGCAAAGCAAGUGAAGUGGGAACCGACUGCUACAGUGCGUGUUUCUGAUGGAACUCCUCCACUAGUGGGAGCUGUUCUGACGCGAUCUAAAGCAAAGCAGUUACAAACAAAGCAAGACCAAGACGUGAUGGAAAUUACACCACCUGAACAAAAGAAAACAACGACACCGCCUGCGGAAGGACAAACCGAUCCACAAGCACAAUCUCCAUCGAAAGAUGAUCACAAUUACGAAUUCGAUAUGGAGAAAUUGAAGGUCGAACAAACGAACGAUCCAACCAUUGAGCAGAAGAUUGCAGAGGCCAAGAAGAACCUAACUAAAAGUUCUUAUGAAUUCAAAGAUGGUCUGUUAUACAAAUUAUUAUCGAUGCGUCCUGACUCCAAGACGAAGAAGAAACUUAUUUAUGUACCAUCAUCAAUGAUCGAUGGUCUACUCCAGAUCUAUCACAACCAUCCACUUGCUGGACAUUUUGGAGUUCAACGAACAUAUCUGAAGAUCAAAAAUAAGUUCUGGUGGCCGAAUAUGAAACAGUCGAUCACACGAUACAUACAAUCAUGUUUACCAUGUCAACAGCACAACGUUAGUCGAUUGAAAAAGCCUGGUCAUUUACAACCGAUCACUCCUCCAGAAGGACCAUUUCAAUUAGUUGGUAUGGACUACUGUGGUCCACUUAAAUCAACACCUCGUGGAAAUCAAUAUGUACUCUGCAUUACAGAUUACUUCACAAGAUGGAUAGUUGCUGUUGCUGUACCUGAUUGCUCGGCACAAACAACUGCCGAAGCAUUAUUCAACGAAUACAUUUGCAGAUACGGGGUACCGGCAGCGAUAUUAUCCGAUCAAGGCACACAUUUCCACAAUCAGUUGAUGGAAGCAAUGGCGAAAUUAGUUGGAUAUAAUCACACAUAUUCAACCACAUAUCAUCCGCAGUCGAAUGGCAUGAUUGAGAGGUUCAACGCGACAUUUAUUCCGCAAAUUGCCAAACUACAGGAUCGAGAAAACAACAAUUGGGAUGAGUUCUUGGCACCGGUGGUAUUCGCAUACAACACUGGAACCCACUCGACAACUGGAUAUUCACCAUAUCAGUUAUUAUUUGGCAGAGAACCAAGAUUACCAACGGAUCAACCUGCAUCAGCAUUCACAUUUCGAAAGCCGAAUGAUUAUUAUGAACAAUUGAGGAAAAAUAUGAAGUUAAUGCAUCGAUACGCACAUGAAAACAUGACAAACAGACAAAAUCAAUAUAAAAAACAUUAUGACAAGCAUCGAUCCGAUCCUCGUUAUUCAAUCAAUGAUCGUGUUUUGAUUCGGAAACAUGGUUUGAAGAACAAGCUAGACCCGAAAUAUUCAGUCACUCCUCAAAUUAUCGUUCGUGAGGAACAUCCUGUUUAUAUUGUGAAAGACGAAAUAACUCAGGGUGAAGCGCGAGUACACAUAAAUGAUAUAAGACCCAUUUAUGUUCAAGNAUUAUUUGGCAGAGAACCAAGAUUACCAACGGAUCAACCUGCAUCAGCAUUCACAUUUCGAAAGCCGAACGAUUAUUAUGAACAAUUGAGAAAAAAUAUGAAGUUAAUGCAUCGAUACGCACAUGAAAAUAUGACAAACAGACAGAAUCAAUAUAAAAAACAUUAUGACAAACACCGAUCCGAUCCUCGUUAUUCAAUCAAUGAUCGUGUUUUGAUUCGGAAACAUGGUUUGAAGAACAAGCUAGAUCCGAAAUAUUCAGUCACUCGUCAAGUUAUCGUUCGUGAGGAACAUCCUGUUUAUAUUGUGAAAGACGAAAUAACUCUGAGUGAAACGCGAGUGCACAUAAAUGAUAUAAGACCCAUUUAUGUUUCAAAAUCCAACUAA